CCCUUUGGCUUUGACAGCCGCCGCCACAAGUCUUUCCGCCUCUCCAGCCUGCCUAGGAGCUGGGAGAUAGGAGCUGGAUUAUGGUGGCCUGAGCAGCUAACGCAGUGCAGGAGCCCGGAGCCCCUGCCCCUACCAACACCGCCGACUUCACCAGAAGGACCAGGACAGCAGUCGGCGCCAACCUGCCAUGCCCGCCCCUCCCAGCCCCCUGAGGGGCCCAAGCCCACUGCUGAGGCUGUCUGCCGCCGUCCAGAUGUAGCUGGGUCCUGGAGCCCAGUCGUUCCCCUCUUGUGCUCUGCAGAUUUCUGCUGCUCGCCGACCAUCACCUGGACCAGGGGACUGGUUGAGAGGCCUACAGGCACUGGAGUCCUGAUGCCUCCAAGCCCCCUCUCCUGAGAGAAGCCACCGCCACCACCCAGAUUUGGGAGCAGGCAACUUGGACAGACGUGGGCCUGAGGGAGCCCAGGAGGUCCGGGCCCACCAUGGCCCCAACCCUGCCCUGGCUCCUGCUGUGGGUGGGCUCAGGGGUGCUGCCUGCUCAUGGCACCCAGCUUGGCAUCCGGCUGCCCCUGCGCAGCGGCCUGGCAGGGGCCCCCCUGGGGCUGCGGCUGCCUCGGGAGACCUACGAGAAACCAGAGGAGCCUGGCCGGAGGGGCAGUUUUGUGGAGAUGGUGGACAACCUGAGGGGCAAGUCGGGCCAGGGCUACUAUGUGGAGAUGACAGUGGGAAGCCCCCCACAAACGCUCAACAUCCUGGUGGACACAGGCAGCAGCAACUUUGCUGUGGGGGCUGCCCCCCACCCUUUCCUGCAUCGAUACUACCAAAGGCAGCUGUCCAGCACAUACCGGGACCUCCGGAAGGGCGUUUAUGUGCCCUACACCCAGGGCAAGUGGGAGGGAGAGCUGGGUACCGACCUGGUGAGCAUCCCUCACGGCCCCAACGUCACUGUCCGUGCCAACAUUGCUGCCAUCACUGAAUCAGACAAGUUCUUCAUCAAUGGCUCCAACUGGGAGGGCAUCCUGGGGCUGGCCUAUGCGGAGAUCGCCAGGCCCGAUGACUCCUUGGAGCCCUUCUUUGACUCCUUGGUGAAGCAAACCCACGUCCCCAACCUCUUCUCCCUGCAGCUCUGUGGCACUGGCUUCCCCCUCAACCAGUCUGAGGUGCUGGCCUCAGUUGGAGGGAGCAUGAUCAUUGGGGGUAUUGACCACUCACUGUACACGGGCAGUCUCUGGUACACUCCCAUCCGGCGGGAGUGGUAUUAUGAGGUGAUCAUUGUGCGGGUGGAAAUCAAUGGACAAGAUCUGAAAAUGGACUGCAAGGAGUACAACUAUGAUAAGAGCAUCGUGGACAGUGGCACCACCAACCUUCGUCUGCCAAAGAAAGUAUUUGAAGCUGCAGUCAAAUCCAUCAAAGCUGCCUCCUCGACAGAGAAGUUUCCAGAUGGGUUUUGGCUAGGGGAGCAACUGGUAUGCUGGCAAGCAGGCACCACCCCUUGGAACAUUUUCCCUGUCAUCUCACUCUACCUGAUGGGUGAAGUCACCAAUCAGUCCUUCCGCAUCACCAUCCUUCCACAGCAAUACCUGCGGCCGGUGGAAGACGUGGCCACGUCCCAGGACGACUGUUAUAAGUUUGCCAUCUCACAGUCAUCCACCGGCACUGUUAUGGGAGCAGUAAUCAUGGAGGGCUUCUACGUUGUAUUUGAUCGGGCCCGGAAACGAAUUGGCUUUGCUGUCAGCGCUUGCCAUGUGCACGAUGAGUUCAGGACGGCAGCGGUGGAAGGACCUUUUGUCACACCAGACAUGGAAGACUGUGGUUACAACAUUCCACAGACAGAUGAAUCAACCCUCAUGACCAUAGCCUAUGUCAUGGCUGCCAUCUGCGCCCUCUUCAUGCUGCCACUCUGCCUCAUGGUGUGUCAGUGGCGCUGCCUCCGCUGCCUGCGUCAUCAGCAUGAUGACUUUGCUGAUGACAUCUCCCUGCUAAAGUGAGGAGGCCCGUGGGUGAAGACAGAUUCCCCUGGACCACAUUUUGGUCACAAGUCGGGAGACUCAGAUGGCACCUUUGGCCAGAGCACCUCAGGACCCUCACCCACCCACCAAAUGUCUCUGCCUUGGCAGAAAAAGAAGGAAAAGCUGUCAAGGUGGGUUACAGGGCUUGCACUGGUAGAAAACAAGAGGGAAGAAAGAAGCACUCUGGUGGCAGGAAUACCCUUGAUCACCUUAAACUCGAGAUGGGAAAUUCUGCUGCUUGAAACUUACUUCAGCCCUGAACCUUUGUCCACCAUCCCUUUAGAUUAUCCAACCCAAAGUAUUCUUUCCUUAUUUCCAGAAGUCCUGGCAUUAUACCCAGGUUACCCCAGCAUGUGUCUCUGUGGUACCCUGGCAGAGAAAGGGCCAAUCUCAUUCCCUGCUGGCCAAAGUCAGCAGGAGAAGAUGCACAGUUUGCUAUUGCUUUAGAGAUAGGGACUGUAGAAACAAGCCUAACACUGGUGCAAAGACUGCCUCUUGAAUUAAACAAAAAACAAUUAGAUGGAAUAUUUGUACAAAUGAGGAGUGGUCAGAAAGAGGAGAAGGAGGGGGGGGUACAGCAGUUGGGAUCACAGCUAGGAAAGGCAGAGAUACAACCACUCGCCAGUCCCAGUUUUAGACCUCAUCUCCAAGACAGAAGCCCAUCUCCUGAGACGGAUGUCAUUUCUCAAUGUUUCUGUGGUCACAGCCUGACCAAAAAGUGAGAUGGGAAGAAGGGCUUAUCUAGCCAAAGAGCUCUUUUUAAAGCUCUCUUGAUUAAAAAGUGCCCAUGAAGAAGUUCCACUUAACAAAAUAAUUUCUACCUUAAUUCCACUUGUCUCUUCCUGACCCCUUUCCUCUAUGUAUGAUAGGUGGUAGUGAAACACCCCAAACCCCAAAGCCCCAGGUGCCCUAGGGGAGAGGAACUGGAGUUUAACAAGGCUGGGCAUUAUCUUCCUGGUCACAGGUUCACUCCCUCCCCAAGGCCCCUAUUGCUCUGGAGCUUUGCAGCAGAGGUGCUAAAAGGAACAGAGAGAAGGCCUCUCCUAUCUAAUCCUUAAAAGCAGAAUCCUGAAGAUUCAUUCAACAGGUAUAGGAGUGAUGCCUUAUACCUCUGCCCAGAUUUCUUCCUGUCUAGCUGUAAGAAGUGGUAAGAUCAUUAGAUUAAUACUGAGUGGUUUUAUUGUUUCCUUUGCUUCUCUAAUGGCCCCUCUACUUAUUUGGCUAAGACUUCACACACUGGCUAGUAUUAUACUAUGACUGUCAGCAAUCGAGGGCUUUCUGGCUCUAAGCCACUGCCUUCGAUGUCAAGGCUGCUUGGAGAAAGGAUGGCAGCCUCAGGCUUCCUUAUUUUCCUCACCACUUUUCCUGUGUUGGAGGCUGUCCUUUCUCCUAUCCUGCUUUCUGCUCCCCACUCCCAUGGGUACCCAGGCUGGUUCUUGGGUUAGGCAGUGGGGACCAAGUUCAUUUUCUCCCUAUCAGUUCUAACACACUAGACUAUGAUACCAGUGUUAGUGGGAAGAGCUGAGUUUUCCCAGUAUACCCACUGCAUCCUAUCCAGUCUACACACUGCUGCCAGGCAGGGUACCUAGCAAGUAGAGAAUUAUUUGAUGAGGGAGAGGGAAAUAUAAGGAGGGCCUCUGGAGUUGCUGGCCUCUGCCAGUUGUCCACAAGCCAUAAACCAAUAAAACAAAAAUACUGAGUCACA